UAAAAAAAUUUAAACAAUUUUAAGUGCAGAUUGUAGUAAUUAAAUUGCUUGAAAAUGUGGUACAUGAAGUGCAGUUGGACUUUGUUCGUAUUUGUGGCACUCUUUGCCCUGGUGUCAGGUUCCUGCUUGGAAUACGGACAUUCCUGUUGGGGAGCUCACGGCAAGCGUUCCGGUGGUAAGGCAGCAGUUGCAGCCAAGGCUCUCGGCAAUCCUCUUGCGGUGGAAACUCUGGCAGAGCAGCUCUAUAACAACAACCAAAACAUUCGUGAAGACACCGAUGACGACACCAACAACACCAACAACAUCAGCAGCCUGAACAACAUGCCCCCGAGAGCUCCUGCCUUGUCUGCACAAAGUGACGACCCUGAGGAACGGAAUAGGAACCAUCGAAACCAUGAGGCCAAAGAUCUGAAGUGGGCGCAACUGAUGAGGCAACAGCAUCGCUAUCAACUGCGGCAGCAGCAGCAGCAACAGCAACAUCAACAGUCACGACUGGGGGCCGGUGGCAGGGGCGGCGGACAGUACGAUGCUGCCGCCGAGAGUUGGCGCAAGUUGCAGCAGGCUCUCAUCAUGGCCCAGGCCCAAGCCCAAGCCCAGGUCGAGGCUGAGGCUGAGGCUGAGGGAGAGGCCGAAGCCGAGCAGCAGCAACAGACUCUCAGCGAACUCUAUGAACUCAAGAAGUGAACAUUGAACCACCCCAGGCGUAUACUUAAUUUAAUUGCCAAAACUAUGCGGAAAAACGACUAAGCAAACAUAGAAAAAAGAUAAAUGAAAAGAUAUUUAUUGCACCACCAUCAUUGCAUGUUGGGCCUCAAUUAAGAAUAAAUUGCAAAUAAUUAAAAGAUCCCAUCGGUAGAGAGCAGAUCAGGUUAAUUGGGGGAGUGUUCCAUUUUAUAGCAUUCAAAAUGUAAAUGAAACCUUUUCGUAGAAUUUGUUGUUGGUUUUUAUUAUUAUUAUUACUAUUAAUAUUAUAGUACAUACAUAUGUAUAUGUAUGUGUAGAUUUAUCAGACACAGCUCACAACUGAUCGAACGGAUCAGGGGUCUUCGGCAGGCUCAGUAUUGCGUCACUGGCUGGAUGCCGCAAUAUUGGAAACGAUAUCAAGAACUUUGCUUUCAUUCACAUUCACUUAACCGUACUUAAUCCCUAACUACUAUGAUAUGCAGAUACGAUUUUAAGAGAUUCAACCUUAAUAAAAGCUAACAUCGCAA